AUGAUUCAGCAAAUUUUUAACCCUGCGAAAGAAAAAAAGAAAACAAAACAAUACGACUGCAUUAUCACUGAUGCAUUACAUUAUUAUAAGAACGGAAGCAGGGUAAGGUUUAAGGAUAAUGUCGGAACAAAUAAUGGUACACAUGGGGUUGUAGGACAGAUAUGGAAACUAAAGGAGGGGAAGGAAAAUUUUAAAAUUAAUAACGUUAAUGAUGGUGAUAUAAAAAAAAAAUCUAAUGGUGUAAUUGGCGUAGAAUUUGAAAGGGUGAAUUCAUUAGAUUCGAAUUUAUGCUUUUCUAACGAAUCACAUAGAGACGAACUUUUGAGGACAUUAAAACAUUAUAUUAAUGAAUAUAUGUAUGAUGUACAGGAAGAAAAAUAUAAGGAAAUAAUAAACUGUGCUGAUAAGAAAAAGCUGUUAAAAAAAUAUAUAUACGAAAUUAAAAAGUAUAAUUUCGUUGUUUUGGAAGAUUUAUUUUUCUUCUUCAGCAUUAGCAAUGAUUACAAUGAUUAUGCGUUAAGCAAAAUGUUCCAUUGUUUACUUUUAGUCUUUGAUAAAAAAGAAGAAAAAUAUGUACUACUAGUUUUGUAUAUAUUUCUGAUGCUACUAAAUGAAAAUAGCAUUAACAAAUAUUUUACAUAUAUAAUCGAUUGUCUAAUUAACAUUUUAAAUGUCCAUGAGUGUACUCUACCUAUUGACGAGAUUAAUGACAAUAUUAGAUUGUUUGACCAUAAGCCUAUGAUUCUUAAUACCUAUCUUGUUAAUGAAAACGCUAGAUAUUUUUUAUUCUCGUACUUUUGCUUCCUUACAUGUACUAUUUCGAAACAGAAGUUUAUGAGUCAUGCUGACAAGAUAAUUCGAGUGUGCUUAGUGGGUAUUUUUGACCAGUGUUGCGAAAUAAAUUGCCUGAUGAUGAAUUUCAUUCAAGAGAUAAUUGAACAAGUAGAAGAUCAUUACAUCAAUUAUCACUACAUCAUUAGCACUUGUUUACUUAAAUGUCUUUGCAACAAAUACAGUAAAGUUAAAAUAAAAUGCAUGGAUACCCUCACAAAAUUAAUUUUAAAUAAUAAUAAUUCCAAAAGUUAUAAAAUUAUCGAAAUGUUAGUUGGAUAUAAAGACCCUAAUGUAAUUCCCAUAAAAUGUUUUUAUGAUCAUACAUAUGUAAAUAUAAACUAUUUAUGUAAUUUGUAUAAUGAUAAAAGUGUAAAAGUAAAAUUCAAUUUCUAUUCAUUCCUGUUUAUAUUACUAUACGAGUUUAACGAAUCCAAUGAUUUUAUAACAUUUCUAAUGCCUUAUUUAUUUUCUGCUUGUUGUGACAACUACAAAAUAUUUAGAUUACUGUCUUUUUUGUACAUCCAAUUGAUAUGCAGAAAAAAAAAAUUCGAUAUGGAUAAAAAUAUGAAUGACGAAAUUAUUUACCAGUUUAAUUCUGAAUGGUCAUAUAAAACGUCUUUUACCUUACCGUUGCCGCUAACAGAAUACUAUUUUCAUCCAUUUUGUCGUAAUUCCAUUUUGGUAAAGAAAAAUAUGUACAAGUUAGAUAUAGCCAUGUCCCCUUUCUGUAGUGAUAAAAGUGGAAUCAACCACGCAUCACAAGAAGAGAAAAGAAACCAGCAUCCUUCUUCUGCUUCUGCCACUUCUGAUGGUGACGAAAAAGAAAAAACAUUCCGUUCUUCAAACAUGAAUAAAAAGAAAAUGAACAACUCGAGUAAUCCCACGGAGAAUACGUUUACUUAUGAACCAGGGGAAAAAAAAAAUUUCAAUUCCUUAGAAAAAUACGAAUUUGACGAAAUGAAAGAGGAUGAAUAUUCCGUAGAGUACUACCAAAACUUACUUUUAAAUUUCUUAAAAAGUAAUAAACGCAUUUCGAACAUUAUAAGAGACAAUAAAAUAAAACAAGUAAACAUUACGUACAACGAAAUGAACAAGCAAUGCAAACAAUUAUCUUUCACCAUAUUAAAUGCCUACUUUAAAUGUUUAUAUAAAGUUAAAGAGGAUGAAACUAAUCAAUUGGAAUCAUUAGAAAACAUAAAAAUUAUUUUAUUACUAUUUUAUUUUAUUGAAGAUAAUAUAACAGAACAUAUUCCAUAUUUUAUUUCACAUCUGCUGCAUGCAUUUGAAAAGAAGUUAGAUGAAGAACGCUGGUGUAUUUAUAUGAACUGUUUGUACCUUAUUGGUUCUUAUGUGAAACCAUCCAAUUAUUAUUUUUUUCUUGAAAAUUAUUUAAAAAAUGUGAAAGAAAAUAAUCAGAAACAGGUUACCCUAACUUGUCUUUACAUGCUAAAUGGUAUUGGUACAGGGACUAUAGAAACAUACAAGAAUAUCAAAAAAAGGCAUCAUAUCCAAAAUGGAAUACAUGAUUGCUUCGUCGAAGUUUUGAAAAAAAUGAUAAAUCUUUUAUUUUAUGUCUUAAAUGAAGACGAGCACUUAGAAAAGUACUUCCUCAUUCUGCAGAUAAUUCACACCAUAGUGGGAAAUGAGUGCACUUUUACGAGACUGGAUGCUAAUCAUAUAAUCCAGUUAGUAAUAUUACUACACAUAAGUUUCAACAAAAUAAGAAAUGUUAGAAAUAACUUUUCAAAGGGAAAAGACAAAAUUUGCCUCAACAAGAACUUCUAUCUACCUAUCGAUGUGCUGGAUAUUCAUUUUUAUGUAAGCAGAAUAAAAAAGAUAAAAAACUUCGAACAUUUAGACAUGAAUAAAGAACAAAUAAAUAUUAAUAUAGGUUCAGAAAUAUUGUACAAAAUAUUCAAGCUAUCAGAUGAUAACUUAAACCAACAAAUAAUAAUCUUACAAAUACUAUCAGACGAGUUGCUUUACAAUUCCAAUUAUGUAUAUUUCUUGAUUCAGUACAUAAUUAAAAGGCAAACAUUUUUUUAUGAUAAAAGUUUUUCCAUUUUUCUAUGUAAAAUUAUUAUUAAAAUAUUAAAUUUAAAUCAGAACAAAAAAAAUAUAAUUAAAAGGGUAUUCUACAACGAGGAUCUAGAAUUAUAUGAUAUUUACCAAGAAAAUAAGGAAAAAAAUAAGAACCAAAUAAAGCAUGUUUUUCUUGAACAUGUGUGUACAAUUUUUUUGCUUUUUAUCUUUAAGAACCUAAAUAUUUAUGAAACCUUCAACAAUGUGAUUGAAACUUGUAAGAUCAUUUUGUACCUCUUGAUUGAAGUUAAAAAUCCGUAUUCCUUUUUGUUUUUUGUAAAGCAAGCUAGCCUUGUUAACAAGCUAUGCGACAUACUCGAAUGUAGAGAGGCUAAGAGCAUUUAUUUUUGCAAACAUAUUACUAACGAUAUGCAUAUAAAUUACGAAAAAUACAUUAACAAUGAUGGGGAUAUAAAAUAUUUGGAUCAUAUAAACAUUGGGAAAAAAAUAAGCAUCAGAAAUAAGGUAAACAACGAAGUAGAUAUUUUAUUCUAUUUUGUAAGUAUUUGUAUUUAUUUAAUAUAUUACAAGUCGUUAUAUUGUUUGUCAACAUUGCUAAAAGAACAAUGUGAGGACAGAGAAGACAUAAAAUUAAAUGAACUGUUUACUAACUUUUUUGAUGGUACACAAAAGCGGGUUCUAAAUGCAUUAAAAGUUAAUGAAAAAAGUAGUUACACCAGUUCAAAUUUGUACAAAAAAACCAUUGAAGAAAUGUUGAGAGACAAAAAAGAUUUUUCGGAGUUAUUUUUGAUAAGGAAUAAAAUUUUAAAUUCACCUGAUUAUAAUGACCUCAUAUUAAAUAUACACAUUUAUUUCAGACAUUCUUUUGCUUUAUUACAAGGAGUACAUAUGUUUCUGCUACACCCAGUUAUUCUUCACUAUUUUUAUGAAGUAAACCAAGAGAAUAUACCCAACUACAACUGUCACAAUAGUGUAGAUCUUCCUAAGGAAGAUUUUUCCACACGUAAGAAUAAUUUUGUCGAAGAAAAGAAUAGCAACUAUUGUGUUACACACGAGCAGGGACAAUAUGGUUUCAUAAAACAAAUGGAAAUUUUUUUUCAACAAGAAGAUGUAAAUAAUAUAAUUGGUAUUACAUAUGAUCACACAAAUUUAUCAAACUAUUUCAAAACUCAUGAUCUCGUUUUUUUUAUACUUGAACAUGAUAUUUAUCAUAUUCCCUUUCGAAUAUUCGAAAAAAAUUCUCAAAUUAUUUUACUUUAUUCCUCUCUACUAUUUUUCGCGGAUGAAUUUUUCCAAACUUUUGUGCCAGGAAAUAAUGAUUCAUCUUUUUUGUCUAACAUCAGUGUAGGACUUUCAAACAAGUUUUUUGUAAAUCCUCUCCAAAUUAAUGAAGAACAUUUGACUUCUUUUUUCAACUUGCUUGUUCUAUUAUAUUUAGAAAAUGAAGAUAUCUUUAGAGACGCUUUGGUAAAGACGAGACAAAAUGAAAGCGUGCAACAAAAUGUCAACUUUGAUAAAAGUCUAUUUUCCAACAUUGUCAAUAAUAUACUUUUUAGUUACGAUAAAAAAGACACGACGAAAGAUUCCCUUUGUUGUUGUCUAAACUUUUUGCUGAACGUUUUAAGCGUCAAUUAUGGAGACAUUCUCAUAAGCUUGAAGGGAGCGUAUACUAGAACAAAACACGUUAAAAGGCUGGAAGUUUGUAAUGCAAUCAUUAGUACGUUUCUGUGA